AUGGUGAUUCAUUUGUAUGGAUCUCAUCCCUUCUACUUGGGUCUAGAGACGAAUAGAAAGAGCCAUGGUGUUCUGCUACUCAACUCUAAUGCAAUGGAUAUAGUGCUACAACCGACUCCAGCCAUAACCUACAGAGCGAUAGGGGGUGUUCUAGACUUCUAUAUAUUUUUGGGCCCGAGCCCGGAGGAUGUUAUUGCUCAAUAUAUGGAGAUUAUCGGGAAACCAUUCAUGCCGCCGUAUUGGGCUCUCGGAUUUCAUUUGUGCAAGUAUAACUAUGGAUCGCUGAACGUGACUCGAGACGUUUGGCAGAAGAAUAGAGAUGCUGGAAUACCAUUCGAUGUCCAGUGGAAUGACCUGGAUUAUAUGAGUAAAGGCAACGAUUUCACAUACGACACGGAAGCCUUCGCGGGGUUACCGGACUUCGUUAAGACUGUACAUGAAGCUGGCAUGCAUUACGUUAUAUUGAUUGACCCUGGUGUAAGCGCCGCGGAAAAUCCUGGCGAAUAUCCGCCAUUCGAUCUGGGACUGGAAAUGAAUGUUUUCGUGAAAAAUUCAACCGAUAAACCCUUUGUUGGAAAAGUAUGGAACAGAGUGUCCACGGUGUGGCCAGACUUCACACACCCGAACGCCUCCGCGUAUUGGAAAGACCUGAUGUCGGACUUCCAUAGAAAAGUUAACUAUGACGGCGCAUGGAUUGAUAUGAAUGAACCCUCAAAUUUCCUGUCUGGUUCGAUGUAUGGUGAAUGCAGCCCCGAAGACCUGCCUUACAAGCCUCAGAGCAUAGCCGAAGACGGCUUAAAACACAAGACCUUGUGUAUGGACUCGAAGCAUUUCGCCGGAUUGCAUUUCGACGUACACAAUUUGUAUGCGAUCAGUGAAGCAGUGGCUACGCAUGCGGCCUUAAUGGAAAUUCGUGGGAAGCGGCCGUUGACAAUUUCCCGGGGGUCGUCUCCCGGAAUGGGGCAUUACGCGGGACACUGGAGCGGGGACGUCUUCAGCCAAUGGCAUGACCUCAGGGCUUCUAUACCACAACUGCUAAGCUUCAGUCUCUUCGGUGUUCCCCUAAUGGGGUCAGAUAUUUGCGGAUUCAUUGGGGACACGACGCCGGAGCUCUGCAAGCGAUGGAUGCAGCUGGGCGCCUUUUAUCCUUUCUCCAGGAAUCAUAAUAGUGAUACGUCGAAGCCCCAAGACCCAGUGAGCUUGGGACCAAUUGUGGUAGAAGCCAGCAAACGCGCGCUUCGCAUGAGAUAUCGACUCCUUCCAUACUAUUACACGUUGUUCUGGCGAGCCCAUACCGAUGCUACCACCGUGGCCAGACCUUUGUUCUUUGAAUUUCCAAACGAUAAGAGAGUUUAUAAUAUUGACACUCAAUUUAUGAUCGGCGAACAUGUUAUGAUAACCGCCAUUUUGGAAGAGGGGGCAAACACAACGAACGCGUUUUAUCCAGGUCCGAACCCGUGGUACGAUCUUAAUACAGGAAAGCAAUUGGCACUGAACUCGUGGAAGACUAUUAGUGAUGCGGAAACGGUCGCUGUGAAGGGUGGCGCCAUUCUUGCAUUACAAGAUCCGCCAGCUAAAGGUCCCGUAAAUACUGGUAACACUCGCAGCUUGCCGAUACAGUUACUUCUCGUUCCCGAUGCGGCCGGGGUUGCCAGGGGCGAAUUAUACUGGGACGACGGGGAUAGCCUGAACAGCUACGAAGAAGAGAAAUACAGCCAUUUAAUAUUCAAGCUACGGGAAAACGAAUUGAGCAGCUUUAUCCAAUGGUGGGGGUAUGGGGUACCCGCCAUCGAUACCAUCACAGUUCUGGGUCAAAAUCUCAUCGAAACCGUGACAGUCAACAACGCCUCGACCAGCUUCACGUACGACAAACCCACGAAGGUGUUGAAGAUCAACGUUAAUAUCAAUUUGGAUAAGCUUUUCGCGGUUAAAUGGACGAAUAAAGUCAUGCAAAAGAUAUAAAAUUAUUAAGAUUUAUUGAAAUGUUAUUAAGCUGUCAAUAUUACCGAAAUAUAUUCGUGGAUAUCUCAAAAACUAUUUAACCAAUUUUAAUGAGAGUUUAACUGUUCUGUUCUUAUUACCGAUACCGAUAUUCGUAUAGAAAUAUCGCCGAUACCGAUACCGAUACUAACGCUUAUUGAAUUGAAAUUAAAUGAAG